ACCGUUACGCGCUCACAAGAAACUAUCCGUUAACUCUCUCUCUCUCUCACAUUUCUUAUACUGUUCAUCUCCUUACAGACCCGUUAUUCUCCAUUCCUUUUUCUACAAUACAAAAGUCUCUCUCUCCCUCUCUCUUUCUCUCUCUGAUCCAACAGGGAAGAAAGAAGAAGAAAAAGAAGAGAGAAAUUCCACCUUUCCUUCAAUGGCGUCAAGGCCCAGCGGCAAUCGAAGAGCUCUCGGAGACAUCGGCAAUAUCGUCGGUGCUCUCUCCGCAACAUACUUAGUUACAAAACCCCAACACCAACAACAACAAAACCACACCAACAACUUGAUAGAAAUCGACCGGCCCACUACCCGCAGGAAAUUCGGGGCCGAGCUCACUGCAAAAAACCAGUUACAUGGAAAGGCAACAAAGAUUAUCAUUGAGGAUGAUCCAAAACAAAGCCGAACAGCAUCUUCGAGGAAAAAAAGAAACAGAAUUCCAGAGAUACAUGAGCCGAAAAGCAUACAAAUGGGUGAAGAGGAAGAAGAACAAGAAAAGGAAAAUACCCGAAAGAAGAAACUGGAGAGAUGGGAAUGUGGCUCCUCCUUCAAUGCAUCAAUGUCGACCGAAACAGCAGAGUUACCUCUGGACAGUGAGGAAUGGUGUGAAGUUGAAAUGGAGGAAGCAGAAUCUCCCUUGCGCUGCAUCGACAAAUCAGACUUCCAAAACCCGCUGGCUGUUGUCGAAUACAUUGACGAUAUUUACAGUUUCUAUCACAGAACAGAGAUCAACAGCUGUGUUCCAACCAAUUACAUGUCGAACCAGACCGAUAUCAACCACAAGAUGAGAGCUAUACUGGUUGAUUGGCUGAUCGAGGUACACUAUAAGUUCGAAUUGAUGCACGAGACACUCUUCCUCGCGAUUAAUAUCAUAGAUAGGUAUCUCUCUCGACAAGGCGUGAUGAGGAAAUACCUACAGCUGGUUGGGGUCACAGGUAUGCUUCUUGCAUGCAAGUAUGAAGAAAUUUGCGUCCCGCUGCUGGAGGAUUUCAUCUACAUCUCAGAUGGAGCUUACACAAGAGUGGAUGUUCUGAAAAUGGAGAAAUCAAUGCUAAAUACACUACAGUUUAACAUGUCUGUUCCAACCCCUUUUGUAUUUAUGAAGAGGUUUCUCAAGGCAGCAGAAUCUGAUACAAAGUUGGAGAUGGUGUCUUUCUAUCUUAUGGAGUUGUGUAUGGUGGAAUACCAGAUGCUGAAAUUUCCACCCUCACUUCUAUCUGCUGCUGCAGUCUAUGCAGGAAGAUGUAUGCUAAGAAGGUCUCCAACAUGGACUAAAACACUAAGACACCAUUCCACAUACUCAGAAGAUCAGCUCCAGGAAUGUGUGAGAUUGAUAGUGGAGCUCCAUCAAAAUGCAGGUCAGGGGAAACUGACGUCAGUUUACAGGAAAUACUCAUUUUCCAAAAACAGCUGCAUUGCCAUACUGAUGAAAACAACAACAAUAGAAACUCAUUUCCACUCGAACUGAGUUAAAAAGAAUAAUUCAGUACCAUUAUUAUUACUUCCAGCAAUCUCUUCUUAACCGAAUACUGCUGUUUAUUUACAAAUCUGUAACAGUCGGAGCGAGAUCACAACUGAAAUAAAGAAGCAUCUCGCUUCGUUUUUUUAUUUUUUCUUCAUUUCUGUUCAAGUCAUUCGUUCUAAAUAAAUUGGUUGCUUGAUCUUA